CUGAAGCCCAAGGAGAAGAAGACCGUAUUGAAACAUUCCUGCAGUCCAUCCUCUCUCAUCCUUUAGCACUCUCGAAAUUAACUCACGGUUAAAAAUAUCCUGCUGUUACAUAUUUUGUGCGCAUAAGGCCGACAUUCAGUCACAGAACAGCAGUUAAUCUGGUCUGCAGACUCCCAUUUAAAUGGCUUGAAUCUAAACAGGCAACAUUCAGAGACUUCUUUGAGAUUAGCUGUGAGGCUGUGUUGACACAUCAUCGUGCCUGCUCUUCCAUACAAUUGAACACUAGUGAAGCAUCCAAAAUGCCACUUGGUUUGGGACGAAGGAAGAAAGCGUCUCCACUGGUGGAAAAUGAGGAGGCAGAACCCAUCCGUGCUGGUCUUAACGUGCCUGGACUGGAUGGACUUGAUGGUGGUGGUGUAGGACUUGCUGAGGGUGCGACACAGGAAGGCCUGCCGCCCCCACCUACUAACCUUCGCCCUCGCCUGAUUUUCCACACCCAGCUGGCACACGGCAGCCCCACAGGCCGCAUUGAAGGAUUCGGUAAUGUCCGUGAGCUUUAUGCCAAGAUUGGAGAAGCAUUUGGGAUUCCUCCUGCAGAGGUCAUGUUUUGCACACUGAACACUCACAAAGUGGACAUGGACAAACUCCUCGGUGGCCAGAUUGGCUUGGAGGACUUCAUUUUUGCUCAUGUGAAGGGCCAGAGGAAAGAAGUAGAGGUUUUUAAGGGUGAGGAUGCUCUUGGACUCACAAUCACUGACAAUGGAGCUGGCUAUGCGUUCAUUAAGAGAAUAAGGGAGGGCAGUAUCAUUCAUCAAAUCCAGGUCAUCAACGUUGGAGACAUGAUUGAGUCAAUCAAUGGUCAGAUACUCAUUGGCUGUCGACACUAUGAGGUUGCCAAGAUGCUCAAAGAAUUGCCCAAGGGGAAGAACUUUGUCUUGAAGCUGGUGGAACCAUUGAAGGCCUUUGAUAUGAUUAGUCAGCGGACUGGGGGACGCUCAGGCUCUGGGGUUCAGUUGGGCACUGGCAGGGGAACACUACGUCUGAGAUCCAAAGGACCAGCAACAGUAGAGGAACUGCCUUCAGCAUUUGAGGAAAAGGCUAUUGAAAAGGUUGACGAUCUGCUGGAGAGUUACAUGGGUAUAAGAGAUAGUGAGCUUGCUGCUACGAUGGUGGAGCUGGGGAAAGACAAAAAGAACCCAGACGAGUUUGCCGAGGCCUUGGACGAGACACUUGGAGAUUUUGCCUUCCCGGAUGAAUUUGUAUUUGACGUGUGGGGAGCCAUCGGUGAUGCAAAGGUCGGUCGGGUCUAGUGCUAGAAAUGGGAGACAGCGGAACUAAAUGGGAUCCAGGCGGAGGCGUUUAAAGGAGGUGGAACAGCCACCAGUCACAGUGCUACUAGAAAACACUAUAGCACCCUUAUAGUGUCUGUUUAUAGUUGAAUUUUACAAACCGAAAUACUUCAGCUGUCUUUUGUUGGGAGCAUACUCUGGGAGUGUGUAAGUGUUUUUAUUUUAUUUUUUUAUUGGUUUUUUUUUUGUUUGUUUAUUUGUUUGUUUUUAUGCAACUUGUAUGCAGAACUUUAAAUUCCACUUUCUUCUGACCCUCGUCUUAACUCAAAUGCUGUUGCUAAAGACACACUAAUGUGCAAGUACAAAUUUGCAGAUUUGUAUUUCACUGAAUUUCAGACACUAAUUGUGUUUGAUAAUUGCUAUCAAAAGUCUCGCCAUUGUACCACUAGCAGAAAACCACUAGCAAAAUUCCAAAUGGGUUUUCAGCACCUUUUCCAGGUGUCACAUACCACUGGGAGACUUGUAGGGACCGUGGCUUUACUCGGUCAAUCCCGAGAAACUGUGAGUUUCAUUUUGCACUGUGUUGCACUGUUGCGCUGUAUGAACUGCACUGUGAUGGGCUUGCACAAUAUGGGCAAAAUUUCAUAUUGUAAUUAUUUUGCAAGAUAUUGCUGUUGCAGUAUACCUUCCAAUAUGUAUAGUAAAGCAUGUUGGCGAAUCUUUGUAAAGUGCAUAGUUUGAUUUGUUUGAUCCACAGAAACUCUUUUGGAUCAUUCAAGAUUUGUCAGAUUGCUUCCAGCCCCAUAACAUAUAAAAGUAUGUCAUGGUUGGGGUGUUCAAUAUUGCAAAAUAUAAUAAUAUUUUCUCAAUACAUGAUACGCAUCAUGAUAUUUAAUUUUUUAGAGGGAUGGUAAGUUGGAACAGACAGUAAGGAAUCAGUAGUGUUUACUGCACUAAAUCCUGUUAAACUGGACUAGUAAUGCUAAUAAUUUGUAAUUAAACAUGCAGUUGGCCAAUGUUCUUUAAGUACUGAUGAUAUCCAUGAUAUGCUCAGAGAAGCAUAUUAUGUAAUUUAACAAUAUUGUGUUGGUGGCAGUAGUUUUGUAGUUUUUUUUAGCUUUCUGCCAUAUUAGUUUUGCACAGGCAACUAUCAUGAAACAAGACAUUGUACAGAUGGGCAGUGUGAUUGAUAUUUUAUGAUCAUGAUAAACCAUAUGCAUCUCUGAGCAUGUCAUUGGGUAUUGUCAAUACUUAAACACUGGACAACUGCAUGUUUCAUUGCAAAAAGAGUAUAAUUAGACCUGUUUAAUUGGAUUUAGUGUAGCAAAGUGAUGAAAUGAAUAAAAAUGUUUGUGCCCAGAGUUGAUGCGAUAUGUAUUGUGUAUCCUGAAAAUUUCAAGUAUCAUGAUAAGGCUUUUUGACAUAUUGCCCACUCCUAAUAUACUGUGCAGCCCUAAUGCACAGCCAUACACUGUGUGCAGCUGCUUUGGCUGAUGUGCAUGCGCAGUGCAGUUUUGGACCACUUUGUUAGAUGUUACACUACAUGACUCCUUCAAGCAUGUACUGUCAUUUUAUAUUCUCUAUAUUGUCUUGUUUUUAUAUGAAGGACUGAAGGCUCAGUGAUUUUGACCAAAUUUGAACCAAAUUGCUUUUCUUCAUUUUUUAAAAAAAUCUGUGGCAUGCUCUCUCUCAAAUGAUUAAGGCAUUACUUGUUCUAAGUGAAGUAUGCUAUGGGAAUAUAACUGCAUAAAUUGUUGAGAUAAUUCUUUGUAAAGAAACUUGACAGUAGUUUUGAAUGGAAUGCAAAUACAACCAUUUUGUUUGCCUUAAUAUGCAUAGUUUGUAAUGGUAAAAAUAGUGGUAACUAAAAUAUAUAUAUAUAUAUUUGGGGAGUAUUUUUGCCUUUCGGUGCCCUACAUGUAUCUCUCUACCAUAUAUGGAUUCUAAAAAUUUAUUGUGAGCCUCAAUAUCUCAAAACCUUCAUAAAACAAUAUUUAGCUAUCAGACUCUCUGUAGUAUAGCUAAUAACUCUCUGUAGUAUAGCUUUUAGAGACAAAAACUCUACGGGCGUCUGGUUCCCUUCACCACCUCUGUGAACCAUUCUGAACUGGUAAGUUUCUCUAUAAUGAAGCAGCCCAGUCUAAAUGAUGUAAUUAUACAGAAAUUUUGAUUAAAAAAGUGGGUUUUCCCCUCUAAGAAAGGUUUCCACACACUAGCAGUCAUAAGAGUCCAGAUGAGUUCCACUUUAAAACUGCACAGCUUCAUGUUUUGAAAUAUGUUUUGAGAUAUCUUAUGAAUGCAUGUAUGAAACGAGUCCUUGACAAAGCUGAUACUGUGGGCAUAAGCAAGGCUGGAAAACAUUAAAAAGACGUUCCUUAUCACUUUCCCAAAACAUAGUAAUCUAACAGAGAGCUAAUGUUUGACUCCAGGCAGACAGACAGUCAUAUCAAAUUUAAGGUCCCAUUUGCUAAAUAAUGGCUCUGUACAGACAUAAUUAUCAAAAUGAGUGUCUGGGAAGAAUGAAAGCAUGCCACAGAUGUUGGUGAUUUGGUUUAAAAAUAGUCAUUUUGAAGGUGGUAAACUGAGCAAAAGCAACUGCACUGUAAACUUUUUUCCCCCCUAAUGGCUUGUUAAAGGAAUAUUCCAGUGUUUUUCAGUCUAAUCUCUGUCUGCUGCAUUUGUAGCUAGCGGUUCGUUACCACAGCCAAUCAGUUUGACGCAUAUGUUGUAGGGAUGCAGGGAUCAAGGAUGCAACCCAUCAAAAUAUGAGUUAUAGAAUGGAUAGUUCUGGUUCUGAAAUCUGAAUGGCUGAGCCACGUUUGAAGUCGUUGUAAGAUAUACGCACACUUCUGGCUGCACACAUCAACUGAAUUCUGUAUUAAUGCACCAAGUUUAAAAAAAAUACCUUGUAUGUACCAAUGAAUGUAGUACUGAUACAGUUGUAUGCAAAAGUGUGUGCCCCUAGUUAAAUUACGUUUUGUUGAUUUCCUAAGUUAAAAUAAGCUUGUUUUCUACAGAAAAUGCACUUCAGCACAUUGUAAGGGCAGUUACUGUUUAUUUGCUGAACUUAACAUAUUGGCAAACAAAGUAAAACAUUAAAAUAUGGCAUUCUCAUUCUUUUCCAGGUAUGUUAAAUCUAGCAGAUAAAUACAAAUUGUGCUCUAAAAUUGUUUUAGGGAAAUGCCAUGUUUAAGUUUGUUCCCUGUAGAGAAUUUGUUAACUUAUUUUCAUAUAGAAAAUCACCUAAACAUGCAAAUUGAACAGGGGUGCUAAAACUUCUGCAUACAGCUGUAGGUGGAAUCAGGUAUGUACAUGAAGUAAACAACCCCAAACCAUAUUAAACAUGCCCUACAUAAGUAGUUGGUAUUGUUUAAGCUGAGGGGCUGACAGCUUGUAAUAUGUUAAUGAUUAUAUGACCAGAAAUUCUGAAGGUGACAAAAUGACUGGAAUAUACAGCUGCUGAAAGUUCCACAUUCUAAAGUUAAAUUUGCCACUCAUUACUAGGCCAAGUUAAAACCAACAUAACCUCCAUGCCCUGAGCUGGCUUUGGUUCGGUGUUCCUCAGUAAUUCUAGAAAGCCAUCACUGUCCAUCACAUCCAUAAUUUUGCACACUUGUGUGCUUUCCUCCCAUCGCCAUGCAUCACACUUCAUUUAUGGACCAAAUAGUUGAGGACGUUUACAUGCACUUAAUAAUCCAGUAACUGCAGUAAAUCAGAUUUUGUCAGUAAUUCAUUCAAUGCGUUUACAUGCACUUGGGUAAUCAGAUAAAGGGAAAACCAAGGUGCGAAAUACAGGGGGUUCUCGGGGGGGGGGUCGUCCAGGAUCCCGUGAUUAACCUCUUUGACCCCCUGAAUGUCUCAAAAUCAAAAUUACUUAUUCUGGCGUCAUGCUGUCAGUGCUUUGCCCAUGAAACAAUGAGCUUCUAUCUUUGGUGUUCUAAACUAACUACAGAUGCAGGACUGGUCUGCCUCAGGGUGGUGCUGUAGCAAAUUGGUUCACCUUGUUGGUCCUUCACAGCUUAGCAACUGUAACUAUGGCCGGGAUACCUCUGAAAAAAAAACUUUACAAUGUGCCGUAGCAUAUCUGUAAGUCUGAAAACUAGCCAGCCAAUAUGGGACCCCACCCCCGAACACCAUUGGGUAUUUUGUACACUGGAGAAAACUCCAGGUCUUCAUGAGGCAAUUCUGCUUUGAAACCUGCCAAUAAAGUUACAGAAGAAGAUAUCAUUUAAAUGUAAUGUAAAACGUCAACAACAUGCUACAGCUUUUAUUAAAACAUUGAGUCACUUUAGCGGAAAAUAUGUGCAUACAUCAUCUAUAAGAUGAAAAAUAUUAAAAUCCUUCAUUUUGUUAAGCUUGUAUUCAAUGUCAGCAUCACUCAAAGUGUUUUCUUGCCAUUUUGUUGGUGCUGUGUUAAAUGAUGCUUGCUAUUUUUGGGACAGCGCUCUGUUUUCACACUUGCGCAGACUGAGAAAAAUCAGAGUAAGGGUAUACGUGUGCUGAAAAAUCUCAAUACUGAGCUAAAAUCCAUCUUUUUGGGAUUUUGUAAUUGGAUUUCAAGGCCUUAAUCCAAUCUAAGAAAUUGGAGUAUGCUGUUUAUAUGGCCACUCGAAUAAUUAGAUAACUGUCAAAAUCCAAUAAUGAUCGGAUUAUUAACUGCAUGCAAACGCACUUACUGUCUUGGUGGAUGUUUGCUUCUGAAUGUGUUUGAUAUGGCGCAUGGUCGUAAUCUCAAAAUGGUCCAGCAUGCCACUAUUUUUAGAGGUGAUUCAUUUGUAGAAGACCUGUCUAGCAGAACCAACUGCCGUCAUGUGUAAAAUUCAAAUACAUUUCUCAACUAGAAUGAAAAACUCACCUGUUCACAUAGGAACUGUUGUUUAUUAAAUUAACAUUCUUUUACCAGAUGUUGAUUUGUCCAUUAAUGGUUAACCAAAGCACUCACACAGCUGAACUCAAUGACUGGGUGCUUCAGCAUCUGUCCAUUGGCUUCUAAGUGAGUUUUGAUUCAACUAGUUUUCUGUUCUUUUCUGAGUAGAGAAAUUAUUGUCCAUGGUAAUGAACCGUACACUACUGAUGUGAUAUGAUGUGAUUGGUUUGAUUGAAAAGCAGUAUUCCUUUAAUAUGGCCCACAUUCCUACUUCAAGACAUGAUAUGAAGGUGAAUGAAUUUAUUUUUACGUGCAAAGAAAUGAGAAAGGUGGAAACACUACUUUUUUGUUGGAUUUUUGGUAAACUGCAGCCUAAUGCCAAACUUCCAGAAACCGUUUUGUAAGAGAUCAGUAUUAAAGCAGUAUUCAAUGAGUAUUACAACCAGUAUUUCAGCUGUUGCAUCAUCUCUGUUGUUGUACAUUGGACAAAAAAAGGUCUUUGAAUCUCAAACUGGAACAGGGCCGUGACGGUGUGGAUUUCAAAGACGUUGUCUUUAAGCUUUGACAGGUGAGAGAGAGAUUUCUCAAGACUUGGAAUCUCACUGUAGCUUUUAUUACAGUGUUGUAGGAUGAUGUUACAAUUACGCAAAUGUGGUUAAAUGUAUGUGGACAUAGGACACAUUGUUGGGGUAGGGGGGUGUAGUAAAGUUUAAAGAUUAGAUUUUCCACUUGCAUAAUGACAAGAACACAAAGCCUGAGCUCUGUAAAGUGAGGACUUCUUGCUCAUGUGAUGAGGAACCAAGCCGUUCGCUUUCAGUAUUUAGCUGUGACACUCUUUCUGGCUAAUCUAAUUUCAUGUUUGAAUCAGUUCAUUGUUUUUUACUUAUAAAAUGCUUUCGUUGUUGCCUUUUUCAACAGCGGAAAACAGUUCUGUUGUGGAUGAUUUGCUUUGUCUUCCUUCAGUGCUCGUUUGGAUGUAUUAUAGCCUAAAAACCUGUUUUUAAAAAAGAUGAUAGAUGCUGUUACACUGAUACUGUUCUGGUUUUUGAUGACUUCAAUGUUACACUGUUUCAAUGUCUUGAACUACCGUUAAAUUGCAAUAAUAAUCAAGAUUCAGAGUCAUAUGUUGUCCGUCAUGUCUUCAGGGCAGGAAUACUGUUUCCGAUGUUUACUCAGUUGUUACUCAUUGCACCGAUUUCUCAGCAUCAUUAAAAUGAACAAUGUACCAUCUUCA